AUUGUAUGCGCCGCAUUUCCGGUGAUUUAUGCGCACAGUGAGAAUUGGACUUUAAAUCCUAUUCCUUUUUCCGGUUCUUGCGGAACGUACGUUAUAUUUACGCAAAAUGGCUAAACGUACAAAGAAGGUUGGAAUCACAGGGAAAUAUGGUACCAGAUAUGGUGCCUCCCUCAGAAAGAUGGUUAAGAAGAUGGAAAUUACCCAGCACAGUAAAUAUACCUGUACAUUCUGUGGCAAGGAUGCAAUGAAGAGAAGUGUUGUAGGAAUUUGGUCAUGCAAACGAUGCAAAAGAACAGUUGCAGGAGGUGCAUGGGUUUACUCAACAACAGCUGCUGCUUCAGUUAGGUCUGCAGUUAGGAGGUUACGUGAAGUAAAAGAACAAUAAGUAAAUACAGUAAAUAUCUUACCAUAAAA